AUGGUUACCAGCAAGCCAUACAGAUUAUUGGAUAACUUGUUCAUUAUAAGUGAGACACCUGACAGUGGAAAUACCGAGAAACUGAUAAAGCUUUUAACUAGCAGAACAGUUUACGAGCGCCAGGAUAUUCUACUUUAUUAUAAUAGACGAUAUGCACAGCCCAUCAGUUACUAUAUUCAAGAUAUGGAGCCUCUUGUUCUGAGAAUUAUGUUAACAAAGCUGCUAAGAAGCACAUCAGAGUUACGCGCUGAAGACAUAUCUACCUCUUUAAUCACCUAUGACAUCAUAAGUGUUGCAAGAACAUUAAUUCCCUUGAGAAAUUCAGAGUUAACAAAAGUGCGCAAAGUUUACGAACAGCAAGGUUUGAAUAAUCUGUCUUAUGAUAUUGAAAGUGCCAGUAAGGGAAAUGUUCAGAGGUUAUUACUUUGUCUUGUAAAUGCUGAACGUGACGACAUCGCAGUAGAUGUAAAGAAAAAUGGAGAACGCUAUUCAUGGUUACCAUUUGUGAAUGAAACUUUAGCAAGACUGGAAGCUCAUGUUAUUCACAAAGCUUUGAAUAGUAAAAGGCGUAAAGAACAGGCCGUUUUGAGCGAUAUUUUCUGUAAACGAACACCAUUUCAGUUGAACUUGACGUCAGUGUACUAUGAAAUGAUAUAUAAAACAUCUCUUGAGGCUGAUAUAAAAGCACAUAUAAGUGUGACGAGCUUUCGGAGGAUUCUAUUGGACCUACUCUAUUAUGCUGUCAAACGCUUGAAUUUCUUCGCUUACUUAUUAAGAAAGACUCUGUUCAACACUGAUUUGAAUCAUGACGCCUUACAACUUUUGUUUAUCACUCGUUCAGAUAUUGAUUUACGUGGAAUCGGAAAAGCUUACAAUAAUUUGUACAAUAGUAGUCUUGUAAAAGACUUGAAGAAGAAAGCAUAUGGUUGCUACAGGAAGAUACUACUAUCUCUGCUUAGAGGCAAUUAUCAUCCUAAGAAAAAACUACGCAUAAAAUAA